AUGGUGAGAUUGAAGUUUACAAUUUCAAAAGAAGGCAUUCCAAAAGAACAAAUCAAAUACAUACUCAGAAAUAUUCUCAAGAACUGUAAUUGUUCAAUUCGGUCUUUCGAUGAAUUAAUACCAUGUGUGCAAGCAGAUUAUGAAGAGAAAUGUGUUGAAGUUCAUGUUGAAAUUGAACUCUCUUGUGAUAGAAGAUCAAGUCAGGAGGUAUUGAUCGAUUUCACGAAAUCAUUCACUAUGGAAUCUGGAUAUAGUCUUGAAAUGCAACCGUAUAUGGAAAUACGGAAUAUGGACGGAAUAUUAACCGACAUUAGACCCGAUCAUGCUAAUAUUGAUAUACUUUGGAUAGGCAUUGGUAAUAUGCCAAAUAUGGGCUUAUUUUUUAUUCGUGGUGAAUAUGUAACAAAAUAUAACACAUCCAGUAAUAAACUAAUCGUGAAUUCGGUAUGUGAAACAAAAAUGAAUAAUGCUGCAGGCAAUCAUACACUAUUGUCAUGGGGACAUUUUGAACAUGACCGACGAUUGCUAACCAUUUAUUUUGCUAUCGAGAAUGUUACUCAUUCUCAUGAUGGUUUAUUAUAUAUAGGCUAUAAAUUUGUUAUCACAUAUAGUUCAUUCUAUAUGGUUAUUGUUGAUUGUGAUUCGGAUCCAGAUGAAAGAGAUAACUAUGUUUAUAUUUGUUUGCGACAUCCACCACAGCUGUGGGAAGCGGUACCCCGAAUUAUGACAAAUGGAAAAAGGGUCUUAAAUAUUGAGCAAUGUCGCGAUUGGAUACGUGUGGGAAGUUUCCCAGGAAACAGAUAUUUCGCCGGUUGUUCUCAGAAGACUUUGGCUGAAUCAUCAUGGUUCAGCUUUGCGAUGCCCAAAGAAACAGUGAAACCGGAAAGAAUGUUCCCGGAUGAAGUUAUUGACUGGCAAAGACGCCCAUUAAGUGUAAAAUUGACUCCAACACGUCAGCUGUUUGAAAUCAUCUCACGAUGGAAACGUCGAGCCAAGUGUCGAAUAUUUUUUGCAGCAGUCAUGAAAAUUCCUCGUCGAGAGUCCUCAGAUGUUCGCAUUUUGGAAUUGCCAUCAUUUAGGUUAAAUUAUGCAUUGCAAGCAUUAUUAGGCAGAGGAAGUAUUGUGAAAGAUCAACUUUUUGACGUUUCGCAAUCCUCCUGCAAUAAUCUUUUUUUCGAACGGAUUAAUUACGCUGCUCAGGAAUGUUUAUUGGCUUGUGAGGAGACAUUGGACUCUGCUUUGGUGGCUGUGGAUGAAAAGCGACGCAUCUCAUUACUUAAUUUUUUUGAACAUAUUUAUUUUCAAAAAUUAGAUGCAUUGCGAAAAGUAUCAACUGAUGAAGAGGCUGAAUCACUAUCAGAUCUACCUCACAAUUGUGUCUUAAUUCGGAAAGUUAUGGCAACUCCGCUACGACUUUUACUUUUACCACCGGAGGUGAUGAUGACGAAUCGUGUAAUACGUCAUUUUGGAGAAGAGUACGCAUUACGUUGUGUAUUUCGGGAUGAUAAUGGUCAGCGACUUGUACCAAAGGAAUUUUCACGAGGCCGCGCUUUACAAGAUCAAUCGUUAAUAAUUCCGGAUUUGAUAUACAGAACACUUGGAACAGGUCUGCACAUAGCAUCACGACAUUACCAGUUCCUUGCAUGGUCUAAUUCACAGAUGCGUGAUGGCGGUUGCUACAUGUAUUCGGAUGCCGUUGUUAAUGACGAAGUACAUGGUCAAAUGAUUUGUAACGUUGAGGAUAUCAGACGUUGGAUGGGUGAUUUUACAGCUUCGAAAAGUGUUCCCAAAAUGAUGUCUCGUAUGGGACAAUGCUUUACGCAAGCACAGCCAACAAUAAUGCUGGAAAAGAAUGACUGGAAGGUGGAAGAUGAUAUCAUGGGUGGAAUCGUACAUCCAGAAACUGGUGAAGUUUUUAAUUUCUCGGAUGGUGUCGGGAGAAUUUCUAAGAAAUAUGCUGAUCGAAUUGCUGAAGUAUUAGACUUACAUCCAACACCAUCCUGUUAUCAAGAAGAUGAAGAAAGUGCAGCUGAAAUAGAAGUGGUGAAAUAUUCUAUGCCUGCACCAGUUUGCUUGAGUCGACCUUUGAUCAUGAUUUUGGAUCAAGUUUCUGAAAAGCAAAGUCGACAUUUACAUAAAAAAAUUUGCAGUCGGAUACAUUCGCUUCUAGAACUGGAACUUAAUAAACUAUCCGCCAUGAUGUUUGAUGAAAAUGAUGCUGCCGAAGAGCUCAGUUCACGGAUGUCACUUCCAAUCGACUUUCAUCAGUUGCACAGUAGCGGUAUUACAUUUACCAACGAACCAUUCUUUCGUUCACUACUGAUUGCCAUACACAGAUACAAUAUAAAAUUACAUCUGAGCAAAUCCAAAAUUUUUUUACCCGCCUCAAUGGGUCAUACAAUGUACGGAGUAGUUGAUGAUACUGGAUUACUCCAGCAUGGUCAAGUUUUUAUACAGUAUUCGCCGUCUAUACGGUAUGUCUCAGGGAAGAAAAUCAUUUAUACAGGACCAGUAAUGGUAACGAAGAAUCCAUGUCACGUGGCGGGUGAUGUUCGUAUGUUCGAAGCAGUUUAUCAGGAUGCUCUUUCACAUCUUUGUGAUGUUAUUGUAUUCCCACGUUAUGGCCCUCGCCCACAUUGUGAUGAAAUGGCUGGAAGUGAUUUAGAUGGUGAUGAAUAUACCGUCAUAUUCGAUAAAGAGUUGUUUUUUGAGAAUAAUGAACAAGCAAUGUUUUUUCCAAAAUCGAUACCAACUGAAUACGAUACACCACCCACUACGGGAGAUAUGAUAGAUUUUUUUCUGAAAUAUCUCAGUCAAGAUUCCAUUGGUCGAAUGUCCAAUGCUCAUCUGAUUAUGUGCGAUCGACUUGGCCUUUUCCACGAAAUAUGUGAUAGUAUUGCCCGGAAAUGUGCUGUUGCUGUAGAUUUUCCGAAAACUGGUGUACAAGCCAAACCGCUAAUAUUACAUGAGCAGUGCGAUUCUAUACCGGAUUACAUGCAAAACACGAUAAAGCCGUCAUACAGAAGCAAACGAUUGCUCGGUCAAUUGUACAGAAAAGCACAAAAAGUUGAAGAUAUCUCGGAAGCGGUACAAGGAGCAAAAUUUGCCGAUUACUAUGAUCCACAACUUUACGACGAAAGCUUAUUUCAUGAACAACCAAAACUGAUUCAACGAAGUUUACGUUUGAGGAAUGAAUACUACUCGAGAAUACAGCAAUUACUAGAUGAAUAUGGAAUUUCUGAUGAAGCUUCUGUAAUAUCAGGGCAUAGCUUGGCAAUCAAAAGGAUUGUUGAAAUGGAAAAAGAUGAUUAUUCGUUUUAUCACUCGGAUAAAAUUGUCGAACUACGAUACAGUCGCAUUUUUGCAUAUUUCAGGCGUGAAUUUUUUAAGGAAUUUGGAGAAGAAUCAGAUUUCGUAAGUGUAGAUGCGCUCGGAAAACGUGGAAUGCGCUGGAAUAUGGCGCUGAUCACGAAAGCUAAAGCGUGGUAUGCAGUAACAUAUGCCAGCGCUUUCAGAUCAUCUUCUGAAUUUCGAUCUUUCCCUUGGAUCGUUUGGGAUAUUUUGCUGAUCAUCAAACGUCAAAUCGCACUUAUGCUGAAAUCACCACCACCAUUGGUAAACCCUUUAGUGAUCCAUCUUACACAAGCAAUUGAAAGUUUUUGCUAUCAUCAUCAUGCUGCACUAAAGCAAUUUGUUAAUGAGAUGUCAUUAGGGCCGAUGCGACUUGAUGCAUUUGUACGAUAUUCUCAAAGGUACGGGUCAAAUGUCGAAAUGCUCUGUUUUGUCAUUGAUAAUUGGUUAAGAGUAGAAGGGAUAUAUGAACGUUCUGCAUUGCGGAGAAUACAUGCUAUCAUUUUGUUUUUACAAUUUGCUGUUGGAAUAUUACAUGGUAAACAUACAUCUGAUGAGCUGAUGAACAGACAUCCCAUUUAUUUUGAAAAGCUGGACGAUUUACGAGACAAUUUCGAAACUUUUGACUUAUCAUAUAGUAUUGGUGAAAUACUCUUCUCAUUUGUGCGUUAUUUGGCAAGCAGAGAAUUUGCCUACGCAAAUUUUAUACGUUUUCGAUUGGGCGGUAUGAUGCAAGGAAAGAAGGGUGCCUCAAUUUUUACGAGACCAGGACAAUGGUCUGCCCUUCAUGCUGUGGCAUUUCGUGCGUUUCAUCAUAUCGCUAUAACAGCUGAAUUUGAUGCUCUUCGGAUUACCAAAAAUGGUGGUACUGAUAUUGACUGUAACAGUAAUGAUGAUACUGCAAGAUAUGACUGGGAUUUUGGUGAAUCAGAUGCUCCAGUAAUCAUAUCCGGUGAACUUUGCCGUCACAAAGACCUCAGUUUGCAACGAAUCAAUACUGCACUUAAGAAAUGGUCCGGUGUAUAUGAAAUAAUGAGUCGUGCAACGAAACAUGAACAGUUGCUAAUUACCUGUGCCGGAAGUGCCUUGGCUCGACAGCGACUGCAUCGAAUAUUGUUGAUGGAGCCGGAACGUCUUUUUGAUGCCGUGCAAACGGACACUAUGCCGAAAGAGGCCAGAGAUGAUUUCUUGUAA